UUCUGUCAAAAUCACAGAGUGCCGUUCAGGGGCUGUGCAGUACUACUAGUGCGAAUAAACUUACUUUUUCAAGCCUCGCCGCUUCCGAAGAUUGUAGACGGGUUCUAAAAUAGAAAAAAUCUUUUACGAUGGCUUCUUUGUGCGGAAGAUUAGUGCUGAACGCUGCCAAACGCAAUGUUUCCUACACAUCAGUGAGAUUCUGCAAGAUGAUGAACGACCCAAUCGAACAUGCGACCGGUCUCGAAAAGCGUGAACUACUGGCCCAUCAAGCCGGCGAUACCGAUCCCUUCGAUAUGCGAGUGUUCAAGCGCGGACCUGGAACCAAAGACAAGCCGAACAUGAUUCCAUCGGCAUUCGAGUCGCGUCUGGUUGGAUGCAUCUGUGAGGAAGACCAAACCUACGUUCAGUGGAUGUGGCUGCACCAGGGCAAUCCUAAGCGUUGUGAAUGCGGACACUGGUUCAAGCUGGUCGAGAAGGCCCCCAUCUAAGAACGAACGAUUAAUAAAAAAAUGUAAUUGUAGAGCCAACACGCGUAUGUUAAAAAGGAGAAAAAAUUAAAUACAGAAGAUUAACGAAAAAGCAACAGAUUACAUUUUUCUCAUGGCUACGGAAACAUGCAAAAAUAUACUUAAUAUUAUUCAUAUUGUGUGGCACCCAUUUCGUUGUUUGCCCAGAUAAUAACAUGUUCGCAAGAGCACUGUUGCAAGACGAAAUGCCUGUCCGCAGUGUGGUUUUUUUUAAAUUACUGUCUGUUGAAAGAGCACAGUGCAACUAGUGGAUUGGUUUUAGUGUCAUAGUUUGAUUAAUAAAAUACAACACCAUAUAAUUUUAACCUA